ACGAUCCUCCUCCAAGACAAACAGCGGAAAAUCUACUGCGUGGCUUGUCAGGAACUCGACUCAGACGUGGAUAAAGAUAACCCCGCUUUGCGCGACGUGGUCCCACAGCCGUUGCCUUUUUAAGAGAGGCCCGGCCCAUGCGGAGGGGGUGGGGCAGAGGCGGAGUCUGAGGAGCUGGGGAAGGAACAAAGCGAGGCCUGCGGGCGGCGGCUGGGCUCCGGCGGGGCCGCGGGGUGCGGGGCCUGCGGGCGGCGGCCCGGGCGGAGCGUUGGAGGGAAGGAGGUGGCAUCGCCGUCCGCGCCGGCCCCGGCCAUGAACGGGCUGCCCUCGGCAGAGGCGCCGGGCGGGGCGGGCUGCGCCUUGGCGGGGCUCCCACCGCUGCCGCGCGGCCUCAGCGGCCUCCUUAAUGCGAGCGGGGGCUCGUGGCGGGAGCUGGAGCGCGUCUACAGCCAGCGCAGCCGCAUCCACGACGAGCUGAGCCGCGCCGCCCGCGCCCCGGACGGGCCCCGCCACGCCGUCGGCGCCGCCAACGCGGGACCCGCAGCCGGCCCACGUCGUCCUGUCAACCUCGAUUCAGCGCUGGCUGCGCUGCGCAAGGAGAUGUUGUCUGCAGGUGGGACUGCGGCAGUUGGACAUGUCCCUGUUGUGCCAGCUGUGGGGCCUGUACGAGUCAAUCCAGGACUACAAACACCUAUGCCAAGACCUGAGCUUCUGCCAGGACCUGUCAUCCUCCCUCCAUUCGGACAGCUCCUACCCACCGGAUGCGGGCCUGUCUGACGACGAGGAGCCUCCCGAUGCCAGCCUGCCUCCUGACCCGCCACCUCUUACCGUGCCCCAGACGCACAAUGCCCGUGACCAGUGGCUGCAGGAUGCCUUCCACAUCAGCCUCUGAAGAGCUGGGGGACAGGGGGCAUGCACCCAUGCAAAAGGUUCAGAAACUCCCCCUCCGGCAAGCCCUCAGACUGCGGAGCCUGCGCCUUCCCUCAUACCGCCUCACCUCACAGGAGGGCCAGGCAUGUAUUCCUCAGAGGGGAAACUGCCAAACCCUUUCUCCUGUCUUGGGUUGGCUGGCACUGGGGCGGGCACCUAGGGUACAGCCUCUGCCCACGGCACUGGGCCUCCACUUCUUCCACAUGUGUGCACCCCUAGCUUGGCCAACCCUCAGCCUUGCGGUGGGGCCCGAAGCAUCUUCCCUUCCGCUUGGCGUCUCGGAUUGGGAUGAGUGCCUGGCUCCCAUCUCCUCCUCACCUUUUGUUGCUAUCGGCAGCUGCUGGCUCAGGGGCAUCCCACCUCCGGGCUCUGGGUUCCUCUGCCCUGGAAGGGCUCCAGGACCCGUCUCAAUACCCACCCACGGCCAAGAGGGCCAAGGCCCGUGCUGGAUAUUUAAAUUUAGGGGCCGGUCUCCAGGGCGCGUAAAUAAAUAAAUACACUCGGCGUA